AAUGGAUUUUGUAUCCAAAAGCCAACCAGAGCCCAUUAUCAUUUGCUGGCCAUUCUGAGCAUUAAUUGCCAUUAUGAAAGCUUCAAUAUUUUCAGUUUUCUCACUACUGAUGAUCGUGGCAAUGGCUUUGUUAGUACAAGGCCAAGGAGGGUUGGAAACAAGGUUCUAUUCUUCUUCUUGCCCCAAAGCUGAGGCCAUAGUCAGGUCCACUGUUGAAGCGCACUUUAACAAGGAUCCCACAAUUGCAGCUGGCUUGCUCAGGCUUCAUUUCCAUGACUGUUUUGUGCGGGGCUGCGAUGGAUCGGUUCUGAUCACAGGAGCCUCAGCCGAAAGGAAUGCAUUCCCAAACCUCGGGUUGAGAGGAUUUGAAGUCAUAGAUGAUGCAAAAACACAGCUAGAAGCCUUGUGCCCCGGGGUGGUUUCAUGUGCCGACAUACUAGCAUUGGCUGCCCGCGAUUCUGUCGACUUGAGUGAUGGCCCGAGUUGGGAAGUGCCGACUGGAAGAAGAGAUGGCAAUCUCUCUUCAUCAUCCGAAGCCUCGAAUUUGCCUUCUCCCCUAGACUCAAUUGCUGCCCAAAGGCAGAAGUUCGCGGCCAAAGGGCUUGAUGAUCAUGACCUUGUUACACUUGUUGGGGCGCAUACCAUAGGCCAAACAGACUGCUUAUUCUUCAGAUACCGCCUCUACAACUUCACAGCAACCGGCAAUGCAGAUCCAACCAUAAACCAAUCGUUUCUAGCGCAGUUGCAGGCGAUUUGUCCCAAAGAUGGCGAUGGAUCGAAGCGUGUGGGGCUGGACAAAGAUAGCCAGUUGGAGUUCGAUGUGAGCUUCUUCAAGAAUGUGCGCGAUGGAAAUGGCAUUCUGGAGUCGGACCAGAGGCUCUGGGGAGACGCUGCAACGCGAAGGAUCGUUCAAAACUAUGCAGGCAACAUUAAGGGAUUGCUUGGUUUUAGAUUUGAUUUUGAGUUCCCAAAGGCCAUGAUCAGAAUGAGCAGCAUUGAGGUGAAGACUGGCAGCCAAGGCGAGAUCAGGAAGAUAUGCUCCAAGUUCAAUUAGUUAGCUCAAUAAUAAAAAGAACUUAGGCCCUCAAAUGCGUGUGUGUGUUUGGCCGAGCCUUUGGUCGAGCCAUGGCUCGGCCACCUCAACACUGGAUUCAAAAAUAGAAUAGUGCAAAAAAAAAAACAUUCGAUGAACUAAAACAUUCCCAGAAACAGAAAUAAAAUAAGAAAGAAUACAUAAAUAAUACACAGCGAUUUUAAC